UGCGGCGUGGAGGACUGGCCUCGGCCCCUAGCUCCGCUGCGGCCCCUGGCCUCGGCCUGGCGGUGCGGGGUUCGGGAGGGCGAGCCUCGGGAUCGUCACGGCGGCGCCAGCUCGCUUGCCCCCUCCCCGGGGUUGUGGCUGGCCGGCUGGGGCUCGCCCCGUGGGUUGCCGCCACGCUCCACGUGCGGGUCUCGUUCGACCACCGGCGAUUGCUGGCGGUCAGAGGAGGCUCAACCGAGCCAUCCCCCGGUGCACGCAGCCUGCCCUGUCUGCAGAGCCGCGGUCCCCGGGGGAGCCAGCGGCGAGUAAGGGCCGCUUAACCCUGCAGUCCGCCGAGGGUGACGGUAGCCCCGGGUGGAAACUGCACGUAGGAGGGCGGGGGGUGACACAAGAGUCUGAGGGCCUGAGAAGAGCAAGCCUUGAGGAGAGCCAUUUCCAGGCGCAGCACCGUGAAUGCCAGGGUAAAGAAUGGCUAAAAGCUUACGGAGUAAGUGGAAACGGAAGAUGCGGGCAGAGAAGAGAAAGAAGAAUGCCCCACGGGAGCUCAGCAGACUUAAAAGUAUUCUCAGAGUUGACGGUGAUGCUCUGAUGAAGGAUGUUGAGGACAUAGCAACUGUGGUGGUCCCCAAACAGUGCCAGGGGAAAAUGCAGUGUACGGUGGACGAUGAAAAGGAAGACACAAAAAUGGAGACUGAACUGAAGAGAAACAAGAAGACCCUUCUAGACCAGCAUGGACAGUACCCAGUGUGGAUGAACCAGAGGCAGAGGAAAAGACUGAAGGCAAAGAGAGAGAAAAAACGGGGGAAAAGCAGAGCCAAGGCAGCGAAGGGCCUGGCCUGGUAGACCCUUGAGAACUGGAAAGUGGUGGUGCACGUGCCUUUAAUCCCAGCCCGCAGGAGGCAGACAGGCAGAGCUCCGUGAGUUCGAGGCCAGCCUGGUCUGCAAAGCAGGUGCCAGGACAGCCUGGACUGUUACACAGAGAAACCUUGUCUCAAAAAAUCACAAAAAAAAAAAAAAAAAAAGAAAAACUGGAAAGUGUUCAUGGGAAAGAAGUUCAGUUGUUAGGAAUGUCUUCACUGAUUUCAGCUCUCACUAAAUGGAAGCGAUUUGUUUUCAUAUUUUAGUUUGGUCUUAUAUCUGUAAUUCAAAUCCAGAAUAAUUGAUUUGUUUUGGGAACUUGAAUAAAUUACCUUCCGUGAUGAAAGAAAAUUGGAUGCUGCCUGAUAUGUGAGUAUUAUCAGACAUCGCAAUCUUGUGAGCAUUACUGUGGUUAUAAUUAUUUGGUUUUACAAAAUGGCAAUUAUAAUCAAUGCCUCAGAUUAAACAUGCUUCUACAAACAAAAUGUGGACAGAAAGCUAGUAUAGUGUCAUAUUUUAAAACAGGGUAUCAAGGGGCUGAAGAAAUGGCUCAGCAGUUAAGACCACAUAGCACCCUUGCAGAGGACUCCUGCUCUGUGUUAAGUGGGGGCUCAACCAGCUCCAGGGGAUCCACCCUCUUCUGGCCCCCACUGGCACCUGCACCAUGUGCACAAGCUCCCCCACACAAUAAUAACUAAAAAAGAAGUCUUGAGGAAAAGGACGUCAGUGGAUCUUACAAGUAGUACUUACUUGGAGUUUCUAUUUUUGUAAUUCAUAAUAAAAGGUAGUUUGUGUGUAGCACUUACAGUUUGACAUUUUCCUUUAUGUAUCUUUAAGGUUUCUAGUUACUGAGAAGCGCAGACGUCUUUAAUUUAGGUGGACUAUAACAUGUACAGAUUACUGUGCUUUUUAGGUAAUUAAAACAUCAUGGGUUUUUUUUCUGAAAACAAAUGUUCUUCAGGUUUUGUUUUUUGUUUUUUUCUUGUUUUGGUUUUAUGAGACAGGGUUUCUCUGUGUAGCCUGGGCUGGCCUAGAACUAUGUCUAGACCAGGCUGGCCUUGAACUCAGGCAGGGAUCUACCUGCCUCUGCUUCCCAAGUGCUGGGAUUAAAGGUGUGUAACACUACCACCAGGCGGUGUAGUUCAGUUUUAUAUCAUGUAGCUUAAAACAAUGAAGUGCAGCAUUUCUCAGAGUAUGUUAUUCAGAAUCAAUAUUUCUGGGUGUAUGAUAUAUAUUCAUCCAUCCAUUUGGGAAAUGGUCCAUAUAUAAAUAUAAGUAUUAACUAGCUUAGUGUUAGUAUUGUUUUAUGAAGAGAGCUGGCAUUAAUUAGCAUGACUACUCUUGACUCCUUACGUGCCAAUAAGAUGAGUUGAAUCUGUCUCAGCAUACUUUGUUAAUUUCAAUCAUUUAAAUUUAAUCUAAAUUUAGCAUUCCAUCUGAAAUUUCAUUCCAGUCAGAUUCACCACUGUGUGUUGAGUAAAACCUGGAACUUGGCGAACAUUAGGAAUGCUGAGAGCUGUGCACCUGCUCAGGAAAAACAUUCACUUCAUGUGGGGAAAAAGAAGAGGGUGUUAGAUUAGGAUUACUUGGCCCCGAGACUGCCGAGUAUACCACCGGGCCUAGAAUUAACCAAGCGCUAAGCAAGUAAGCUACAAGGUAAUGCUGGAUGUUUCAAUUUUUUUGUUUUUUGUUUUUUGUUUUUUUGAGACAGGGUUUCUCUGUGUAGCUUUGCGCCUUUCCUGGAUCUCACUCUGUAGCCCAGGCUGGCCUCGAACUCACAGAGAUCCGCCUGGCUCUGCCUCCCGAGUGCUGGGAUUUAAAGGGGUGCACCACCACCGCCCGGCGAUGUUUAAAAUUAGUAUAAUAGGUCCUCCUCAACUUAAUAGUUCAUCAGAAAGUUAGUGAAUCAUUUCAAAAUAAAAUACAUUUUUCUGAAGGUGGCAAGAACAGGCUGUGGAUGUAGCUCAGUAGUAGAACACUCAUCUCCAGCGUGUGCAAAGCUCUGGGUGUGAUCCCAGUAUUGACAGGUGGAAAGAAAAGGGAUUGGAAGGUGGAGAGUGUUCAAGCGUUCCUUGUUGCUGUAGUUGUGACAAUGUGUGUGUGUGUGUGGGGGGGGGGAAUAGAUACAUAAGUGCAUGAGAUAAAAUGCUGCAGACAUUAGCUCCUGACACUGAGUUAUUUGCCCUCUUUCAUCACGGGCACUGUCUAGGUUAAUGUUACACCCUUGGUUUUCAUUUAGUUUCAGCAGCAUCCUUGGCUUGCUGAAGUUGAAGACAUCACUUCCAGAAAUCUAUACAUAUUUUUCCUGUAGCUCACAACCUCAAAUUUGAGGAGAGCUCCCAUCCAGGGCCUUUCCGUGAUGUUAGGUUGUUCACCUACAGUGGGUUGUGACACUUGGUCACUCCAGUUUUAACUUACAAGUUAGAGACUGGGGGAUGGCUCCAUUGGCCAAGGUUUACUAAAAGCAUUAAGAACCCCAGUUUGGAUUCCCAGCACCCACAUAAAAAGCCAGGCCCAAGAGCAUGUGCCCUGGAACUAGGGAGACAUAAGAAGGUUCCCAUGUGUAGGCCAAGGUCAGUGACCAGGCCACUCAUCAGAAGGCUUGUGACCUGGGGCCAACCUAUGCAAAUGAAUGGGCACAGGUUACCUCAUCUUUAAAAGAAGUGAUAUGAAAGCAGUUGAAAAAAACGCCAGUUGAGACCGUCCUCUUCCCCCAGCCUCAGUUUACCAAAAUCACUACCCAAAAUGCUUGGGAGUCAUGUGCUAGUAUGUCAUGGCCUCAUGGCUUCUGGAAAAAGCAGCUGCUGUGGAGAAAUUAGUACCUUCUACACUUGGGAGUUGAUCACAACCUCGAGUUCUGGAUUAUGUAGCUGCAGGACGCGUCUAUCUCAGAUUUUGGCAGGAAAUCUAGAAUAGAAUUCCAAAAUCAGUUCAGGGGUGUGAUCAGUUCUUUGUCACUUUAUUUCUAAAGGCAAAUGCUUGGAGAAGCACAGAAUAGUUCUUUAAAUCUUUUAUGUAAAUAACUUUUCUUUACAAAUUUGUCUUUGAUGCGUUCGGGAGAGUUGCUGUAAAACCACCAGGGGGCGCUCAAGCCAAGCAACAAACUGCUUGGAUUAGACUGAGACUUGUUAGAAACACAAUGGACACUAUGUGCUCUUAAAGAGAUUAAAUAUACACAGGGCUAAUAAAAAUAUACAUUUAAAAUUAUUAGCUCAUCUAAUUCAGAAACCUAUGAUUAUGCUGCUAAUGUUAUCUAUACUCGAGGAAACUGAGGCCCGGGGACAGCUGUUCCAAAAAUGCAUUCUAACAGAGAUUCUGCCUUUCAAGAGCCCAAAAAUCUUCUCAGAGAGAAACGGUGAUCUUGGGGUAGAGUACUUGUAACUUGGUUUAAUCCCUGAUGGGAUCAGGUUGAAGCAGGCUCGGGUUAGAUAACAAACACGCUUUAGUAACAAAAUGAUUUAUAGAACCCUUCUCAAAUCUCCAAGCGGAAGCCAGGCUGGAUUUCUUUAAGUAACACUUCAUUAGGAAUAUGCCAAGUGGUCCAAACGCAGGUGCAGGCAAAGGUUAUUAGUGACCAGACAGCUAAGUAGAAGCAGCGUGACUGGCAGCGGACGCUCUUGUGGAUCAUUCAGCAGGGGUUUUGUUUGUUUGUUUUUGAGACAAGAUCUUGUAAUGUAGCCCUGGCUACUCUGGUACUCAAAAAUCUAGCUGGCCUCAAACUUGCAAUAAUGCCUCUGUCUCCUGAGUCCUGGGAUUAUAGGUGGAGACCACCAUGGCGGAAGGUCGGCCAUAUUUUGUUGGAUUGCUGUCACAUGAGUGCAGAUACACAUUUUUCCUCAUUAGUGCACAUAUUACUUAAAAUACACAGUGACUGUAAAGAAACUGAAUGUCAGCCGGGCAGUGGUGGUGCACGCCUUUAAUCCCAGCACUCAGGAGGCAGAGGCAGGUGGAUCUCUGUGAGUUCGAGGCCAGCCUGGUCUACAGAGCGAGAUCCAGGACAGGCACCAAAAUUACACAGAGAAACCCUGUCUUGAAAAACAAAACAAAAACAAACAAAAAGAAGUAAAAACUGGGUGUCUUCAGAAUUUAUAUCCAUGUGUGGACGAUAUGAGUGUUAGGAGUUGGAGAAGAGAAAUUAACAAUCUAUAAAUGAUUAGAUUCAACUACUCGAAAUGUCCUGGAGGAGAAAGCAAAGGAGGAUGAGAGGCUUAGGGUAGAGAAACACUGGAAAAGAACAUCCAAAGACCUCCAGGGAUUGCCAGAUGGAGGCAGUGCCCAGAUGUAAUGCAAAUACUAAGCUGUUGACUAAUCUUUCUAGGGAAGGAAAAUUGCCAGAGUGAUUCAAACUCGUGCUAGCCACACAUAUUUUUUCCCGUGUUUUUCUAGCAUAUAAAAUCUUCAUUGCAGCAGACACAAACCACUUUUAUAAGCAUAUGUUUGCAGAGGACAGGGGACUGCCAAGUACUUACACCACAUCAAAAUCUACCCUGCAUCCCCAGGACCUGGCGGGGCUCACAGAGGUCAUUUCAGGUCCAGUUCCAUUGAUAAAAGGAACCAUAAAAUUUACAUUACUCAGGAUGGCUCCUCAGGUAAGAACAUUUGCUGUGAAGCCUGAAGACCUGAGUUCAAAUCCUUAGCACCUACAUAAAAAGCCAUGCAUGGUCUUCUGCCGAUAAUCCUGGUGCUAUGGGAGGCAGGUCCAGAGGUGGCUUGGUUGCUGGGGCUUGCUGCUGCCAGCCUAGCUCUAUGUUCAAUGACAGACCCAUCCCAAGGGGAUGAUGGAACAAGAUUCCCAGUGUCCUCCACUGGACUCGGCUCAUGCCCACAGGCAUGUGCCCCUAUGUGCACAUGUGCAUGCUCUCCGAUUCUCAAAAGUUUUAUUUUUCAUUUACUUUAAAGCAGAGGGGAAAUACAAUGUGAUAUCAAAUAAGACUCAGUUGAUAGGAUCAUAGUAAAAGCAAAACGUUCAAAGAAUGCUUAUUCUGCUAAAUACCUCUGUAAAACAAUGCUAAGAAGUUCCUACUUCUGUACCUCAUUUCAAGUGAGUGGUUUGGAGAGGAAACAUUCAAAGUCAUGCAAGCUCGGAUUCAAGGGCAAUGCUGUCCUCAGUAGAGAAUGAAUAUCUAGAAUGGAAAAUUGUGGAGACAGGCUGAUCCCAUCUAUAGAGGAGCCUGUAUCUAGGAUGCUGGGGGAUGAAAUGGCCAGCUGAGGUGACUGCUCGGUUGGAAUGUAGCUGAAGGAUUAAAACAUUGGACUUCCAGGUUGAAAGCUGUUACCUUCAAGCCUAGAAAUACCAUGUAGAAAGUUGUGCUUAACAUAUUUUAUACUUACUUUGCUCUCUCCAGUUUUUUGGCCCUCCACGAUUAUAGACUUCAGUAUUUUAUAGUGAAAAACAACAAAAUCUGAAAUCUCCAUAAUUUCGUUAAUGUUAAAUCUGGUACUCAUUCAGCUAAGCUCCCAAUUAAAGUAUGGAAAAGCACUAUAAACAUCUGCUUUAAACAAUGGAUGGGGUGAAGACUUUCGAAUUUUAAUUUAAAGAAUGGCAUAGCUUUCUAAUAUAUUCUGCGCAUACGUAUUAGCUUUUCCUAAAGCAAUGGAUUGACUUGGCAUCAUGCUAUCUUAUGAAACACUUUCUCACCCCUCGUGGUGUGUCUUUAUAGUUUUCAAUAUCAGCAAAACCUGUAAGUGGUCUUAGUCGGGUGUUGUGUAUCAUUGUACAGUAACUGCAAGUCCAUAUGGAAUCUCUGAUCCGUGUAAUAAAGUACAUUUGUCAUGGA